CAUGUCCUCUGCAGCGAGCAAUCGCACACUUGUCUGUCUCAGCUGAUCUUGGAGUCACGGAGAAACAAUUUGUCUGAUAGCCGUGUUUAAAGCAUACACAAAUGUUUCAAUCUGUCAGAAGUGUCAGAACAGUUCAGAGACUGUUGCCACAGUUACAGUUAAAGCAUGUCCGAGCAGCAUCAGGGCGACCUAUGAAUACAGUGAUUAAGUUUGUACCCCAGCAAGAAGCAUGGAUCGUAGAACGAAUGGGGAAAUUUCACAGGAAGUUAGAGCCAGGUGUGAAUAUACUGUUGCCAUUUCUUGACAAGAUUAAAUAUGUGCAGAGUUUGAAAGAAAUUGCUAUUGAUAUUCCAUCCCAAACUGCUAUUAGCAAAGACAAUGUAACUCUUGGCAUCGAUGGAGUACUGUAUCUGAGAGUGGUAGAUCCGUUCAAGAGUUGAACUGUGUUUUGCCAUGUUCAGUUAUCCAUUCACCGGUUAAUACACUUUGCUUGUGCUUGUCUUCAAUAUGAAAUUCAAUUGAAAAUCUAACCCAUUUAGAAUUUUUUUACAGAGGCUAUUAACAAUGCGGCAGAAGCCUGGGGCAUCAGAUGUCUUCGAUAUGAAAUCAAAGACAUUACUCUUCCAACCAGAGUUAAAGAAGCCAUGCAAAAGCAAGUUGAAGCAGAGAGACAAAAAAGAGCUAAUAUUUUAGAAUCUGAAGGUGUCAGAGAGUCUCAAAUAAACCGCGCAGAAGGUCAAAAAAGAUCUACCAUAUUAGCGUCAGAGGCUAUAAAAUUAGAAUCCAUCAACAGAGCUGCUGGAGAAGCGGCUGCUGUCAUAGCCAAAGCUGAGGCCAGGGCAAAAGGAUUGCAGCUUGUUGCUGAUGCAUUGUCAAGACAGUUUGGUGGCAAUGCAGCUUCUCUGAAUGUAGCUGAACAGUAUGUACAGGCUUUUGGUAAUCUAGCCAAGACAGGAAACACAGUGUUACUACCCACAAACACUGGUGAUGUUAGCAGUAUGGUUACACAGGCCAUGGCAAUAUACCAAAACCUUAGUAGCACACAGCAACAGAACCAAACUCCGAUUCCAAAUCAGAACAUGGACAAAGAAACAGAUUUGGUAAAGCCUGACAUUGUGGAUAUUGAAGCUAUCCGUCGUGAAAUUGUCAAUGAGGUUGACAAAGUAGUUAAAAACAUUGAAAACGAUCUAGAUAAACGAAAAUAAAAUACAAAUUUGAUAUCAUGUGAUAUAUAAAUAAAGUAUUGUAUUUGCCUUUUAA